GCUCAUUCAAAUCGAAGUCUAGAGAAUAUUCUAGAGAGAGAAAUCGAGGAGAGGAUCAUCGGAGAGUUGUUAGGGUUCAGGCGAUGGCGGAGCGGUCGGAGGAAACGUUGUUGGAAAAGAUAGCAGAGAAGAUCCACGCCGUUCAUGAUUCAUCAUCGUCGGAUUCCGACGAUGAGAAGCCUAAGUUAUCGGAUUCGUCGCUCAAGCCCAAGAUCUACCGCCUCUUCGGCAGGGAGAAGCCAGUACACCAGGUCCUCGGUGGUGGAAAGCCUGCGGAUUUGUUUCUAUGGAGGGAUAAGAAGGCCUCAGCUGCAGUGUUAGGUGGGGCUACUGCUAUAUGGGUUCUAUUUGAGUUGAUGGAAUACCAUCUGCUCACUCUGGUCUGCCAUAGUCUCAUACUUUCUUUGGCUGUCCUGUUUCUCUGGUCUAAUGCAACCACGUUUAUCAACAAAUCGCCACCACACAUUCCACAGGUGAUCAUUCCCGAAGAUCUGGCUGUGAACAUCGCACUUUCUCUAAGGUUUGAGAUCAACCGUUCAAUUUCUGCUUUGAGGGACAUUGCCUCAGGACGUGAUUUGAAGGCAUUUCUUGCUGUAAUCGCUGGACUUUGGGGUUUGUCUCAAUUCUCGGAAGCUGCCUCUACACUUCCUAUCCUGUUUUACCCUCGUAAGCUUCUGAUGCCAUUAUAUUUUCGAACUAUUCAGCAAUGCCUACUUCAAUUUCAUAUUGCGUGUAUUUUGGAAAUGCAGUGUUGUCUUCUGCAUACGGUGCCUAUUCUGUAUGAGAAAUAUGAGGACAAAAUCGACUCCUUGCGAGAAAGCAUUGCAGAAAUCAAGAAACAUUGCAGUAUCGAUGCUAAGGUCUUAAGUAAAGUGCCUAAGGGCCCGUUGAAGGAUAAGAAGCCUUAG